GUGGCGGCAUCGACCGUCUUCCUCAAUGGACGCUCGAAGCUGCGCUUGCUGGCAGACCGUUGCCACGAGGUCUGGCGACCUUGUGCCUGCUGGAGGUCGUGCUCGAGUUUCGAAUUCCUCGUCGAAAGGAAUGUCGACGAAGAGUUUCUGGACGACGUGAUGUGGGUCGAUCGUGUUUCGAGGUGCGCAGCACCAUGAACCGACGGACGAGAAUGUGUUCUCGGUCGCAACCGAGUGUCGCGGAGAAGAACGUGGGGUUCGACGCUUCGUGUUAUUCGAGAUCGGUCUGUUGACAGCUGAAGAGGCUUGGCUGUAUCAAAGAAGAGGGAAUUAAGAUUGGCGUUCAUGUCCUCUCCAACCAAGAAACGGAGGCUGCCUCUCUGGGCCACGUCUGGUAACAGUCCAGACUCAAAAGACGAGACCAAAUCUUCUACUUCCAGUACAAAAGUCAAGGAGGUGAAGGCCCCAAGUGGUGGUGAGCGUUCUGAUGUCAGGCCUAGUCCAGCUCCGAACAAUGAGACCAAAAGUUCUGCUAAAACUUAUGUUUCCAAAGUGGAGUUAAAUGAAGCUAGCACCAAUUCUGAUUAUGGAGACAAGUACUGUAAGGUGAAACCUUGUAUCAAAGAAGAAUUGAAUCCUAUCACUGACGCCACUCCAGUCAUCGGAAAAAUUGCGAAGGCUUCAACCACUAAAGGUGGUCAUAAGGAGAAUGAAAUUCCUGAUGGGAAACCUGAACGACUGUCUUUUCGUCAAGCGAAGGUCAAAGAGGAACCUGAAGACAGGGUGGAAGAUGUGUUUGUGUGUGGAGAUGAACCAGAUCGGAGAAAACUGUUUCCGAUUAAUGAGUCAGAGGACAUUGAAGAAACGAGGAGAGGAAUUUCAAGCGAAAGCUCUCGAGGUGAGUUCCAAGAUGCGUUGGAGAAGCAGAAAACAGACAGGGGGAAAUACAAUGACACCGCACAUGUGGAUGCUGACAAUAGUAGAUCGCAGCAACACCAAAAUACUAGCGUGCAGUCGAAGUUCCAAGACGAAUCGCGAACUCACGGCGGCCAAGAUGGUGAAGAGAAGGAUGUCUUUGCAUCCGCCUACAACGGGGAGAACAAAAGCUUAAAGCCUUCAGUUCGGAAAUUUUCUCAACUUCUGGACGGAGUGGUAUUUUCAAUUUCUGGACUCGUAAAUCCAGAAAGAGGUGAGUUACGACAAAUGGCGUUAGAUAUGGGUGCUCAGUACAAGCCAUCCUGGAGUAGUGACUCUACUCUCCUGAUUGCCGCUUUCGCCAACACGCCAUCCUUCAAUCAAGUCAAAGCUGUAGGCGGUACCAUAGUUCAUAAGGAUUGGAUAGUGGACUGCCACAAGCGUAAGGAGCUGGUAGCAAUCGAGGAAUAUAUGUUGCACGCGGGCAACCCUUGGAGAGCAGGUUAUGAUGUGGACGAGUCACCUGAAAAUGGUGUAGAACAAGUAUCUCCAAAUCAGAUUGCACAAGUGGAAGCCCAUAAUACAGGAAAUGCUUCUGACGACCACAAAACGAUGCCGUCAACUCCUGUAGUGAAAGACACCGCUGAGAUACCCAAAGUUCCUCGUUUUUGGGGAUUAAAAGCGACUGUAGAUGAGGUUCAGCACUGGUUGUUUGAGGAUCUGGCAACCCUGCGGACAUGGUUGGCAGAGCAAGAUGAAAAGCCAGAGGAAGAUCAGAUGGAGUACGUUGCUGCACAAGGUUUGGUGGCUUGUCUGGAAGAUGCAGUCAAGAGUCUACAAGAAAACACGGGAUUGAAAUUGGUUAUGGACAAUUGGGGUUUCAUCCCUAGAGCUGUGAAAGAGCUCGAGAAGGAGUUGAGCCACAUUAAUCAGUCGGAGAGGCUGGUCAGAGAAGCAGAGAGGAUCAAACUUAUAUACACCACCGAAAUUCAGAAGAUUGGAUUGGGUGCUCCCACCGAAGAGGAUAGUCUAAGUACUGAUGACGAUGCAACAGAGGUCAUCUCAGAUACGGACUCACGGGAUCUAGCAGAUUUUGACAGUGAUCAUACCGAGGACCUAGAGGAAGAUGAAAUUGCUCAAUGCCAGUUGAAGAUCAUGAGCAGAUUUGGAUUGGUGUAAACUUGUUCAGUUCAGGUUCUUGGUGAAAAUUGCUUAAGGUCCAUCUCAUCUCGAAGUGAUGGAAGUCGGUUGCCAUUCGGAACGAGUGUUGACGCCUUGAUAACCCGAAUUGAACAUACGGCGAUUGGCAUGGCCGUGCAUAUAUCAACAAUUCGUUGAUCAGAGUCGUACUUUUACCAGAUAUUCCAAGGAGUCUUUUCAGUACUCGAGCUGGACCCAACCUAACAUAUACCGGCAAGCUGGGUCAUCAGGAAGCUGUGAGGAUCAAGUAUGCAUCAAACAGAGUGUAGAUAAAAAAUAUGUGCUCGUCAAUUUCUCCUCAAUCAGCAAAUUCGUUAAUUGAGUAUAGGGCAGCUUACGUAUAUGAUGUUUGAAACUGUCAACACGUCCCCCAACCUGCCUCACAAAGAAGUGUACACUGUAAAUGUUUUAAAAUGGUGAGAUCGUAAUAUUAUCGGGGAUCUUUUAUCUAGACUGGCAAGUCGAACUCAGGUUAUAGGUCCCAAACUGCCUGUAGAUCGAAUGUUAUGCUGAGAGCAGUUCAUCUCUUAAUUCUUACUGUCUCACCUAUUGCUAGUUUGACAGAUCGAUCUACUUUCAGAAACGGUCACUUUCUACGUCAGAAAUUUUGGAUACCGAGGACCUCUUUGGGAAUGCAAGGUAUUUGGAGAGGAAGAUUUCGGAAAAGGCCUGGAUUUUUU